GGCCGCCCUCCUCCAGCUGGUCGACUACAGCUGCUUCGGCCGCCGCGCCGCUCGGGAGGACGCCCUCUACCAGGACGCAUUCUCGGGCGGCCCCGGCCGGCCCCGAGCCGUCGUUGGCGGCGGCGGUCUCUUCUCUAGCGUCUGCGCGGUGCCGGAGGAGCUGCGCGGUCUCGGCAGCCGCGUGGUGGCAUACCACUUCUGUCAGGCGGACAACAGCGCCACCUGUCUGGUGCCCGAUUUCGUGCACUCGGUGGCGGCGCAGCUGUGCCAGGCGCCGCAGCUGACCGCCUACCGGGAGCACGUGCAGCGCUCGCCGGCACUGCAGGCGGCGCUGGCGCUGCGCUCGUGCGUCAGCGACCCGUCGGCGGCGCUGUCGCGCGGCGUGCUGGAGCCGCUGCAGCUGCUGCGCCGCACCGGCCAGCUCACGGGCGAGACAUGUCUGGUGGUGCUGGACGCCCUCGGAGAGGCCGAGUACCAUAAGCCAGAGUACGGCGACAACCUGGCAGCUUUCCUGGCGCGCCACCUGAUGAUGUUCCCGUCGUGGCUGAAGAUGGUAGUGACGGUGCGCUCCCAGAUGCAGGGCAUCGCCAGCCUGCUGCCGUUCCACAAGCUGAACCUGGACCGACUGCGCGACACAGACGAGCUGCAGAAGGACCUGGCCGACUACAUCGCCUUCCGCAUCAACAACUCGCCCUCCAUCACCAGCAGCAUCCAGGUGACGGGCGCCAAGGUGGAGGGCAGCAGCCAGUCCCGCUUCAUCGCCCACCUGGCCGAGCUGUCGCGCGGUUCCUUUCUCUUCAUCAAGCUGACGCUUGACCUGAUCGAGCGCGGCCACCUGGUGAUGAAGUCCUCCAGUUUCAAGGUCCUGCCGGUGAGCCUCAACGAGAUCUUCCUGCUUAACUUCAACCUCAAGUUCCCGACGCAGCGGUCCUACGAACAGGUGCAGCCCAUCCUUACAAGCUGCUUGGCCAGCCUCUGUCCGAUGAACGCCUACGAGAUCUAUCACUCGGUGAAUGCCAGCUGCACGCAGACGGCCCUUGGCUGGGACGAGUUCCUGCGCCGCUUCAAGACGCUCUCGGGCUUCCUGGCGCGCCGCAUGGACGACACGUACAUGCUCUUUCACCCGUCGUUCCGUGAGUGGCUGACGCGUCGUGAGGACAACGAGAGCCACAAGUUCCUGCUGGACGUGCGCGUGGGCCACGCCAACAUCGCGCUGCGCAUGAGCCGGCUGGAGGCGCCGCUCGACGCGCAGAAGACGCUCGAGCUGGGCCACCACGUGCUGAAGGCGCACCUCUACAAGAACUCGCGCGAGCUGCCGGUGCCACCGCGCGACCUGCAGGCGCUCUGGGUGGCCGCGGCGUCGGCCGACCUCUCCGCCGCGCUUGUCGCCGACCGCAACGCGCACAGCCCCAACGUCAAGGUGUCGAACCUGCUGCUGCUGGCCGGCGCCUCCCCGGACGCGUCCUCGCCGCAGCGGGACGGUACGCCGCUUCUCGGCUUGUGUGCCGCCGAGGGAUUCGACGAGAUGCUGCAGCUGCUGCUGAAGUUCGGCGCGGCGCCAGUGAACGCGUGCGACAUCCUGCACGGCGAGACGCCGCUGACGAUGGCGGCCGCUGCCGGCCACAAGCCGCUGGUUGAGAUGCUGCUGCGCCGCGGCGCUACCGUCGCCGCCGCCAACUCGAAGGGGGCUCCGCCGCUGCUGGGCGCCGUGCGGGAGGGCCACUGGGACAUCUGCGUGGUGCUGCUGGGCCAGGGGGGGACAUGUUAG